UUCAUCUUCUUCAUGCCAACUAAACCCUCUCUGCAACUUCUUUCUAAUGGCUUCUUCAUCCAUCUGCUCUUCCUUUCGAGCAAUCAUCCCUCAACGGAACCACACCAACAAAAACUUCAAAUACUGGCUACUCCUACACUGUAAAAGGAAGCAUUCUUUUGAUUUCACUCCCUUAAUUGUUUCUUCCUCUUUCAACGAUGAUCAUAUCUCCUCACAACCUCAUCCCAAACAAUCACAGAUGAGUUAUGAUCCUUCCGAAGAUCUCUUUGGACUUUCUGCGGAUCUGCAGCCGAGGAAAGCUCUUCCAAGUGGUUCAACUCCUAGGUCAUGGUUUGGUCCAAAUGGUCAGUACAUAAGAGAGUUGCCUUGCCCAAGUUGCAGAGGAAGGGGCUACACCCCUUGCACAAUGUGUGGCAUUGAAAGAUCAAGAUUAGAUUGUUCACAGUGUCAUGGCAAGGGUAUGGUUACAUGUCGUCAAUGCUCAGGAGAAUGUGUAAUUUGGGAAGAGUCCAUUGAUGAACGACCAUGGGAGAAAGCCCGUUCAAUUUCUCCAUUGAAAGUAAAGGAAGACGAUGAAGUGGACAAUCUUGAAAUAAAAUUGGCCGCAAGGAGAAAAUCAAAGCGCGUAUACCAGUCUCCAUCUCCAGAAGUUGGUUUGAAGAUUAGUAGAUCUUUGAAAAGCCUCAAUGCCAAAACUGGACUAUUUACCAACAGAAUGAAAAUCAUCCAUGGUGAUCCCAAGCUUCAUGCUCAAAGAGUGGCUGCAAUCAAGAAAGCUAAAGGGGAUAUUGAUGCAAGAAAACGUGCUUCUGAAUCGAUGAAAGCCUUCUUUAGCGAUCCAGAAAACCGACACAGGAGAAGCAUUUCCAUGAAAGGAGUGAGCUUUUACUGCAAAAACUGCGGUCGACAAGGGCACAGACGGCACUACUGCCCAGAACUCGAUCAAACUUCAUCAGAUCGCCAGUUCAGAUGCCGGCUGUGUGGCGAAAAGGGUCAUAACAGAAGAACCUGCAAGAAAUACGAAACAAUCGAAUCUGAUCCUCAAAAUUUCAAACAGCCCUGCUGCAGUAUUUGCGGAAAACCUGGACAUAACCGCCGGACGUGCCUCCAACAAACAAACUCGACAACCGCCGCCACCACCACAACCACAAUUGCCGCCACAGAAACUCCGGAGAACUCGAAAAAGAGGGCAUACAGUUGUAGGCUGUGUCGAGAAGAAGGUCACAAUAUCAGAACAUGCCCUUCAAGAAACACACAAUCUGUUCAUUUAUAACCCCAUCUGCUCUUAUAUUUUCAUAUCUAAAUAUAGGAUUCACAUGCAUUUCUCGAAAUUUAAUUAAAAUAAAAAUAAAAA